AUGCGACAAUUACGCCUCCUACUCGGCCUGCUCGUCAGCUUGCUGGCAACGCAAGCGCUGAGCAAGAAGGACAAGCCCGAUAUCGAAGAAACAGCUUUCGAUGCACCGCCGUUAGGACUCACUUACUUCGAGGACAGCGACAUCAUCCUCGUCACCCACCCCGAGACCCAAGUCGUCUACCGAUCGAGCGACGCCGGCGUGAAAUGGACACCUAUCAAGGACAUCACCGAAGGCGAGGCGUUGGAGACGUUGAAACACCCAUACGAUAAGAAGACGGCUGUCGUGCUGGGAACAAAGAAGAAGCAUUGGAUAACGUCGGAUCGCGGAGAGUCAUGGAGGGAGUUUACAACAGACGAAGGUCCCACGAAGCUCAAGCCUGGUAUUGUGUUCCACGCUACCGAUCCGGAUCGGAUGUUGUUCCUCGCGCAGAACUGUCGUGCAUGGAGGUGUACGGACUCGAAUGCGGAUGUCUUUGCGGAGAGGAAUAAGGAUCUGGAGGAUGACACCGUGCUGUGUAUGGCGGCGGGCAAAUUCUCGCUAUUACACAGCAACAUGCGGGUGGUGGUCAGCAAAGACUUCUUCGAGAAAGAUCCGGUUGAGCCCAAGUCCGACGAUAGGCCUGUCGAAGGUGUUGUGAAUAUCGCGGCAACGAAGGGAUACUUGGUCAUUGCAGCCAAAGGAGAAAGGACGAGUGAGAUGGCGAUGUACGUCUCGGAUGACAUCGAUGUCUGGCAUCGAGCCGAGUUCGGAGAGCACAGACUGGAGGAAGGAGCGUAUACACUGCUUGAGAGCACAAACUACAGCAUGCAGGUUGAUGUCAUGACCACAAGGCCGAGUAGUUUGGAACCGAUGGGUGUGCUGCUCACGUCGAACAGCAACGGUACAUAUUUUACGAGGAAUGUCGAACACACCAACCGGGACAUCCGUGGCUUCGUGGACUUUGAGAAGAUCGCAAACAUCCAGGGUGUUGCUCUCGUGAACACGGUGGAGAACUACGAAGAGGUCGAGCGAAGGGCGAUGGUGUCGAAGGAAAUCGUGACGCAAAUAUCGUUCGACGAUGGACGUACGUGGGGAGAGCUGGAGGUCGAUGGAAAGCGACUGCAUCUACACUCGAUCACCGAGCAGCGGAACAUGGGCCGGAUGUUCAGUAGUCCCGCACCUGGCAUCGUGAUGGGUGUGGGCAACACUGGCAAAGUGCUGAAAAAGUACAGCGAGGGAGAUCUUUACAUCUCGGACGACACCGGUGUGACUUGGAAGCUGGCGUUGGAGAAGCCGCAUUUGUUUGAGUUCGGCGCGCAGGGCUCGAUUCUUGUUGCGGUUGAGGAUGGAGAGACGGACGAGCUACGAUGGUCAAUGGACCAUGGCAAGACUUGGGAGAAGGUCGAUCUUCCGUCCAAGGUGAAGCCCAUGGCACUUACCACCACUCCAGACUCGACUUCUCUCAAAUUCUUGAUGAUCGCUGCGAAGGGAGGCGGAUCCGGUACCAAAUACAACAUCUACGCCAUCGACUUUAACGGUGUGCACGAGCGUGAAUGCAAAGACAAGGACUAUGAGGACUGGCAGGCUCGCGUGGAUGGAGAAGGUAAGCCCGUGUGCAUCAUGGGUCAUACUCAAUCUUUCAAGCGCAGGAAGCCAGAUGCCGAGUGCUUUGUUCCCAACAAGGACUUCCAGGACCCCGAGGAGAACCGCAAGACAUGCAAGUGCACCGAGCAGGACUUUGAGUGCGACUACAACUUCAAGCGCCACGAGGGCAAGUGUGUCCAGAGCGGAAAGAUUGUUCCUCCCAAAGGCACUUGCGAGGGCGAGGAUAAGAAGUACAAGGGAAGCUCUGGCUACCGCAAGAUUCCAGGCAACGAUUGUGAAGGCGGUGUCAAUCUGGCGGAGGAAACUGAACGUGACUGCUCAGAGACGGCAGCACCUCCUGCCAGCGGACAGAUCUCAAACGAGAUUACCAAAUUCAAGGGCGACGAAUUUGUGGAAUACUACUACCUCGAACGCGACGGAAAUCCUGGCGACGACGAAACGAUCAUCAUGCGCACCGAACUUCGCGAGGUGUUCAAGACUCACGACCAUGGCAAGUCAUGGAUCCCAGUUUUGAAGGAGGAGGAGGUGCUGGCCAUCUACCCACAUCAGUACCAAAACGAUCGUGUCUACCUGGUCACGCCGAGUAAGAAGGUCUAUUUCUCUACCGAUUUCGCGAAGAACUUCCAUUCUUUCGAUGCGCCGGAAGAGCCCAACCGCGCCCAUGUCCAGGUCCUUACAUUCCAUCCUAAGGAGAAGGAUUGGCUAAUCUGGACUGGUGGCCGUGAUUGUAAGGGCGAUCAGUGUCUCACAGUCGCACAGGUAUCGAGGAAGCACGGCGAGAGCUGGGAGACGAUGUUGCGUGCGGUCAGAAAAUGUCAAUUCGUGUACCGAGAGGACCGCGAAAAUUCUGACAGCAUGGUACUUUGCGAGCAAUACGAGAAUGAGAACGAAAACAAGGAAGGCGCUUCGCGCCUGCUCGUGAGCAGCACCGAUUGGUUUGAACACAAGCAGGAGGUCAAGCGCGAUGUGAUCGCAUUCGCCACGAUGGCAGAAUACAUUGUCGUGGCGUUCCGAGCUGAAGAGAAGGAGACGCUAAAGGUCGAUGCCAGUAUCGAUGGAGUUACCUUCGCAGAUGCGCAGUUCCCACCAAACUUCGAGGUCCCGCAUCAACACGCUUACACGGUGCUCGAUUCUACCACUCAUGCGGUCUUUCUCCAUGUCACGACGAACAACGUACGUGAUCAGGAAUAUGGCAGUAUCAUGAAGAGUAACAGCAAUGGCACAUCGUACGUUCUGUCCACGUCCGAGGUGAACAGGAAUACAGAGGGAUAUGUGGACUUUGAGAAGAUGCAGGGCAUUGAGGGUGUGGCGAUUAUCAAUCGCAUCUCCAAUGUCAAAGAAGUCAACUCUGGUAGCUCGAAGAGGCUCAAGACUUACAUCACUCAUAAUGAUGGAUCUGGAUGGGCUCUUUUGGGUCAGCCGAAAGAUCGACCGAAGGGUGUGAAUUGGUGCGACUCCAACGAUCUGGAGGAGUGCAGUCUGCACCUUCACGGCUACACCGAGCGCAAGGAUCCUAGAAGUACCUACAGUUCUCCGAGCGCAGUUGGAUUGAUGAUGGGCACUGGAAAUGUUGGCGAGUACCUCGGUUACAAAAAGGAGGCGGACACGUUCAUCACCAGAGAUGGGGGAGUGACCUGGUAUAUGGUGGCCGAGGGCAACUGGAUGUGGGAAUACGGCGACCACGGGUCCAUCCUCGUCAUCGUCAAAGAGGGCGAGCCCACCAAGAGCGUUCAGUAUUCGCUCGAUGAAGGCAGGAGUUGGCAGGAGCACGAAAUUGGCGAGGAAAUGGUUGUCAGCGCCAUCACCACUGUACCCAGUGACACAAGUCGGAACUUCUUACUUUGGGGCAAGAUUGGCAGCUCGCUCGCCACCAUCAACAUGGAUUUCAGCGGCAUGAAGGAGAGGAGUACACUAUGCAAGCUGGACGAGCAGAACCCAAAGGCGGACGACUACGAUCUCUGGUCGCCCUCGCAUCCCCUCUCCGAGAACAACUGCCUGUUCGGUCACGUCGCGGAAUACCACCGCAAACGACCUGAUCACGACUGCUACAACGGCAAAGGCUUCCCGCAUCUUCACAAUAUCGCACAAAACUGCAGUUGUACUCGCGAGGACUUUGAAUGCGACUACAACUACGAGCGUCACCACAACGGCGAGUGCGUACUGGUCUCCGGGCUUGAGAAACCCGAUCCCGCAGCAGUCUGCAAGAAGAACCCAAACCAGAUUGAGUACUACGACAUCACAGGCUAUCGCCGCAUUCCGCUCUCGACCUGUGAGGGCGGCAAGAUGCUGGACUACACCUCCACUACCCGCCCUUGUCCCAACCACGAUAAAGAAUUUGAGGAAAAGCACGGCAUCAGCGGUGCAGGUCUCUUCUUCGCUAUCGUUCUCCCCAUCGCCGCGGCCGCUGGCGUCGGCUACUGGGUGUGGAAGAACUGGGAUGGCAAGUUCGGCCGCAUUCGUUUGGGUGACGGCAUGGGAGGCGGCGGCAUGGGCGCUGCUUUUGAGAGCGACGCGCCGUGGAUCAAGUAUCCCGUCAUGGCCAUCUCCGGCGUCGUGGCGGUCCUCGCUGCGUUGCCCAUGUUGCUCGGCAGUCUCUGGGAUGCGGUUUCGUCGAGACUGGGGAGGAGUAGUGGUGGUGGAGGAGCGUAUAGUCGACCGUUCACGAGCCGGAGUAGCUUCCAAAGAGGCAGAGGGGAUUAUGCGGUCGUGGACCCUGAUGAGGGUGAAUUGCUGGGCGACGAUAGUGAUGACGAGGCGUAA